UCCGCGCUCCCGGGUUGGUGCCUUCAUGAAUAAUUUAAAUGACCCUCCUAACUGGAACAUCCUGCCAAAUCGACGAGAGCCCGGGGAUGAAGGCAGCAGAUGGAACUACGCCUUGCUGGUCCCCAUGCUGGGCUUGGCCGCCUUCCGUUGGAUCUGGACCAGAGAAUGUCAAAAAGAAAUAGAACGAGAAAAAAAAGAAUAUUACAAAAAACAUUCAUCUUUACAAAAAGACCUGGAAGCCAAAUACCGGGAUAUAAUCACAGAAAAUCGUCGCACAGUUGCUCACUUGGAGUUGGAGCUUGAAAAGGAACGAAACAGAACCCUGAGUUACCGUGAAGCCCUCGUGUCCCAGAGUCGCAAACUAGUAGAAGAAAGAAGGAUCCUAGAAGAGGAGCAGGAGAAGUUAGAGCGAGAAAAACAAGUCCUUUUGCACUCAGGAGCAGCAGGUAACUUGUACCAAAGUUGUCUGGCAAAGGAGGAAGAGUGGCAAAAGAGAGCCAAUAUUUUACUAAAAGAAUUUGAAGAGGGACUUAAAGAAAGACAGGACAUCUACUGCAGUCUUGUUGUACCCAGAAGCCAGAGACUAGAAAUAGAGAAAAAUCUGCUAGUUAAAGCAGCAACUGAUCCUGUUGCUAUGGCUCUACAUAUGGAAAGUGGCUUAAAAGAUAUUUUCAAACAUGAUAACUACUGUGGCAAUCUGCUGAACAGAAACAAAAGUCAAAAUGGAAAACUUAUGUGGCUGUAUCUGAGAUAUUGGGAACUAGCUAUUGAACUACAGAAGUUCAAGAGGGCAGAAAAGGCCAUGUUAGGAAAACAAUAAGUAGGGGAAGUAAUGGGAUUUCAUGUGAUCCACCACGCAUAGUAGGGACAAUCACAGUUGUAGUCUGAAGCUGUUAAAUUCUCCUACUGUGUUUCCAUUUCUCCUCCUUGCUGCACUUGUGUUUGCAUGGGACUUGUGCAGUGUUGGUGCCUUUCCUUUCACUGUCUAACAACUGAUGCUCCAGUGAGCUACGCAUGCUCUUAAACUCUAUGAGUGUGUUUGUAUUGCAGACUGCAGUGUAGUAUAAAGAUAUGCCAGCUUCCAUAGGUAUCAGAAGCAGCAAAACAGAACACCAUUUAGAGUGAUUUACCUAAUUGAUGGUCAUACUCCAUCAACAGAGAAGUGUGAUUUGUCUCCUGUAAGUGGGGUAGCACAUUGUGCUCCUUAUCCCUGAUGUUCUACCUGGUGUCUCAAUGCUAUCGUUUUUUAUUAUUACUAUUUUUUUAAUUUUUGUUUGGUUGUUUAAACAAGACUGAUUUUGAGGCAGAUGUUUGGAAGAGACCGUGUUUGAGAAAACUGCUUGUCACAUAAAACCUAUGUGUAUAUACAUACAUUUAUAUAAAUAUAUAUAUGUGUGUGUAUAAAUGUACGUAUUAGUAUUCUGAGAGGGGGGAAUAGUAUGAUCAUGUUUCAAAUUAAUCAGUCUUGCAUUGUCUUCCAGCUUAAUAUACAAAUAGUACUUUAUGAAUGAAACAUCCAAAAGAUGUUAAUUAAAAUAACACAUAAACAGAUUGAUGAAAGUCUCACUGGAGCUAGGGAUCCGUGCUUGAACACCAGAGAGUGUGUAAACUCGAAGUUAUAUUCUCAUCAUACUGGAGAUAUGUUAAGAAUACUUACGUUUCUCUCUCGGUCAGGAUUUUGGUUGUAACCCAACAGUGUGCCUGCAUUAUAGACGUCACCAUGCUGCUGCCUCUGCAUCCCAGCGCACUGGCUGGUACCUGGUUAGCUUGCAGGAGCCCCUGUGGGUUAUAGCCAUUGCACCUGGCUCUGUUCCUUGGAUAGGUCCUGUUUGUUAUUUGCAGAUGGGAACCUAAAUGCAACCUGCACUGGUAGCCAGCACCUGCCUCCCUGACUGUCGCAGUUUUCCCAGAACUGAAGUACGCUUUUCCAUAACUCUUAAAUUUUGAGCUUAUGGUUCACCACUUCAUGUACACGUGACCAUGAAAACCUACAGAUGUACAAGCUUUGCAAAGUUUUAGGGAAGGGGUCUUUUUACUUUAGUUAGCACAGUAAAAUAAACAGAUCUAGAUUAAAAAAAAAAUACCCCAGUGCAUUUCCAUGCUUGAAAUCUCCUAAAACUUUGAGUAUUUGGGUCCUUGUAGCAGUAGGAACCACCUUUUUUCGAACGUGCCAUGUAUUUUGGAGAAUAACUCUUCUUUUUCUUCCUCCUUUCUAAUCUAGCCUUAGACCCCAAAGGUGCGGUGUUUACCCGUUUGUUUAUAACAACUGGUCUUCUCUGUUGCUUGACUUUGAUUAGUGUUGGUAGGUUGUCAGUUAAUUAGCAGUUCUUUUUUUACUGAGGGCUAGACUUCACAAACAUGUUUUCUCUAGGCAAUGAGCUACUGCAUGGUCCGGAAGCAAUCCAGCUAAGAGAAUGCCCAUCCAAGUUUAACAGAGAACUCCAGCAGAUGUGGAUUUUUCUCUUAUUAUUUCCUCCUGGUUUCAUUUCAGUCUGGGCCCAGAAGUCAGCAGAUAUAUCUUUUGAAGUAGUGUGUGCAACCUAAUCCAGUUACUCAGCAAAAAUAUCUAACAUGAAACAAAAUUCUUAAACAGAAUAUAUGUUUCUCAACUACUCAGUUUUCCCGUUGUGAUUUUGCUUACCUUGGUGGUGCAAUUACACUAUUGUAUUCAUUUAUUAGUCUCUUAUGUACUGAUUCUAUUCUAUUUUAUUUUAUUUUAAAUAAAGUUGUAGUAGAUAGACACAUCGGGGAAAAAAAAAGGGGGUACCAUCACAAACACCAAAAAGGCCGAAGUUUGUCUGGAUGCCAAGCAUAGACGGGUUGGGAGAGAAGAACGCACUUGAGUUACUAUUGUGUGACAGCCUGAGCCAAGCUGCUGUAGCUGGCUGUAUGCACAUGCCCUAAUUGCCCAGUAGAACAAAUCAGUCUGAACAGCUAAUUACCCUGUGUGUAAUUCCUCCAGGAUGUGGAAGGUGUCUGACCACACAGCUGUGGCGCAUUUCAUACAUACGUACAGGCAGUUAAGCAGCUCAGCUGACAAACAGCAGCCAGUGAAUCAAUGCCACUGUAUUUGAGACUCAUGCCUUGACUGUGUACAUAUUCGUUAGUUCUUAAUAUUAAAAGAUCAAACAUUUUAUGGUUUUUAAUUUUUUUCAUAGUUUUGUCAUUGACAUCACUCAAAAUGUUGAAAGAAAAUGUAAUCAAGAGGGUAAAAUACUCUUUUUCAGUAUGAAUAUGUGAGUUGAAGCAUCAUAUGCUCUAUUGUACAGGGUUGGAUGCAAUGUAAUAAAUGUUUGACACUUGCUUUCACUUCUUUAGAAGUGUCAAUUAUUUGUAUAACUAAUUAUUAAACUAUUGUUCAUGAACACUUUGCAGAUAGUGUAUUAAGACUGAAGAGUUAUUUGAGGAGGAUUUUUAAAAGUGUGUAACUGGUUUAGAAGCACCAGUGCUGUUAGUUUCUACCAAAACUCAUGUUUGUUAGCAUGUAACUUAUUUUUGAAACAUUCCCCCUUUGUAGGUUGUUAUGUUGGAAGUUCUAUUAUGAGCUUUACCUUCCCCAACAACUAUUGUUCUGGAUUGAUUAUUUGUUUGGAAAUGCCCAUAUAUAUAUAUAUAUGUAGAACGCAAGAAUAAUUUGUUUUUGCAAUAUUUAAUGAACUUUUUUUGGUUAUGAAAAUGGUCACUCACCUGUUAAACAAAUGGCAAC